AUGGCUAGCAUGUUGAGGCUUGUGUUGGCCUUGUCUGUUUUGAUUUCAGUGCUUGUGACAUCCUCUGCUCAAACAUGCAAAACACAAACAUUCUCAAACAACAAGGUGUUUACAACCUGUCGUGAUCUUCCACAGUUGACCUCUUACCUCCACUGGAGUUAUGACGAGGCAACUGGGAAAUUGGACAUAGCAUUCAUACAUGGCGGAAUCACAUCAACAAAUAGGUGGGUUGCUUGGGCUAUCAAUCCCAAAAACAACAUCGGUACAGCCAUGCCUGGAGCUCAAGCUCUUGUGGCUAUACCACAAUCCAGUGGAAGCCCAAAAGCUUAUACAUCAUCCAUAGUCGACACCAGCACACAGUUGAAAGAGGGAACCAUUAGUUAUCCUGUUUCGGGCUUGACUUCAACCUAUCAGAAUAACGAGGUUACCAUUUUUGCUACCUUGACCCUUCCAAACGGUACCAAAUCUUUGGUCCAUGUUUGGCAAGAUGGAACUCUUUCUGGUUCUAACCCUCAAGAACAUAUGCAUGAUACUUCCCACACUAACUGCAAGGAAACCUUGGAUCUUGUUUCUGGUGCUUCUCAGGCAGCUAGCGGGAAUUCACGUCAAAAAAGAAGAAACACACAUGGAGUGCUAAAUGCAAUAAGCUGGGGCAUCUUGAUGCCAACGGGUGCUGUGAUAGCAAGGUACUUGAAGGUGUUCAAAUCAGCUGACCCUGCUUGGUUUUACCUUCAUAUCACGUGCCAAGCCUCUGCCUAUAUAGUUGGCAUUGCUGGAUUUGGAACUGGUAUUAAACUCGGUAAUGAAUCUGAAGGUGUUGAAUUUUCCACACAUAAAGCACUUGCUAUUGUCCUAAUCGUCUUUGGAACUCUUCAGGUGUUUGCUCUGUUUUUGAGGCCCAACAAAGACCAUAAAUAUAGAUUCUACUGGAAUGUCUAUCACCACUUGAUCGGAUACGCCACCAUAAUCAUCAGCAUCGUCAACGUUUUUCAAGGAUUCGAGGCUAUGGGAAGUUUCGUAGGAGAUCUCUACAAAAACUGGAAGCACGCGUACAUUGGCAUUAUUGGAGCCUUGGGUGGCAUUGCUGUCGUUUUGGAAGCUUACACAUGGAUCAUUGUCUUGAAUAGGAGGCGGUCUGAGAAAGAGAUGUCGCAUAACACCAAUGGUGCAAAUGGUGUUAAUGGGUAUGGUUCUAGGCCACAGGUGGUGUAG